AACAUAUUAUAUAGUCCCUCUCAGCUUUCCAUAGAGUGAGAGAGAGAUGGCAGCGGCGUCGUUUAGGUGGGUACUACAGCUGCACAAGGACGUGCCAAAAGCUGCUCGGUUCUACUCCGAAGGCUUGGACUUCACCGUCGAUGUAUGUACUCUUCGCUGGGCUGAGCUUCAAUCCGGCCCACUCAAACUUGCCCUCAUGCAAUCCCCCAAUGAUCAUGUCAUGCAGAAGGGAAUGGGAUACUCUUCACUUCUGUCUUUCACAGUGAAGGACAUUAAUCAAACAAUGACAAAACUAAUGGCUUUAGGAGCUGAGCUAGAUGGCCCUAUCAAAUAUGAAAUCCAUGGCAAGGUUGCAUCCAUGCGGUAUAUUGAUGGGCACAUGUUAGGCCUCUACGAACCCGCCUAGGAGCUCCAGAAGAAGUCCCUUAAAUGCAACUAGAUGAAAUAGUAGGCUGCUUGGAACUUUUGUUAUGGCAUUUUGAAAUCUUUUGAACACAGAGAGAAGAUGUGAGAGAUUUCUCCUUUUCUUGGGUUCCCUUCAACAAUUGACAGUGUUUUUUCAUCCAAAUCGAUCACAGUUGUGCACAGAGUGUAAAGCAAUGGACCUGGAAACACGGCAAACAGUGUUACCACAAACGUCUUGGAGGGGACAAAAAGGAAGUUUAAUCUAUGUUCUAAAUCACCUAUCAUGUAGAUGGGGUACUUUGGGUCAUCUGUAUCUCCUAGAAGUGAUAGGAAAUCUUCUUUUGAUCUUUUAGGUAGCACAGCCGCUUUGCUUUGCCUUGUUUUUGAGUUCUCAUCAUGUACCUUCACAGAAACCAAUUAUUUUAAUUUAGUUGAAAUUGAAGCAAGUUGAA